ACACACCUUUGUACUUCAUGAUUCCGUUCACUUUUAGGAAGCUCACUGUAAGAGACACAGACGACUGCCUAAACGCACAACCAUAGGAAAUGGAGUCGACCAUCAGCCUCCUCUCUGAGAAACACUUUCUGUGUUCUCUGUGUGAAGAGAUCUUCAGCAACCCCGUCACUACACCCUGUGGACACAGCUUUUGUCAAAUGUGUCUGCGUGUGUACUGGAGUCGCAAUGGCUCAGACGAGUGUCCGCUCUGCAGGAGGAACUUCAGCUCCAGACCCCAUCUCAGCGUAAACCGCAUAUUGGCUGACGUGACCGAAAACUACAGGAAAACACGUCUGGCUGCUAAAUCAAGGUUCUUUAGUAUGGAUGAACUGCAAGAUGAACCUAAGAAUGCAGGAGAGGUGGAACAGAUGAUCCAGGAGAGACUUCAAAAAGUUGAGAAACUUCAGGAUUCUAUAAAGCUCUUAAAGAACUCUUGUCUCAGGGAGGUUCAGGAGAGUCAGAGGGUGUUUUCGUCUUUGUUAAGCACCUUAGAGAAGAGCCAUAAACUGGUGGUGGCUGCAGUCGAGCAGAAACAAAGAGAGGCGGAGAAGAGGGUUGACAGACUUGUUAAAGAGCUGGAGAGAGAAAUCCAAGAGCUGAAGAAUGAACACACCAACUCGGAGCUAUUAAAUGACAAAGAGCGUCUUAAAAAGAGUGUCAGUCAAAUACCCAGAGCAAUGAGAGACUGGUCUAAAGUCACACUGGAGACCGAUCCUUGUGUUGGAUACAGCAGACAAGCAGUGGUUGACUUCAUGGAUACAGUCAUGAUGGAAUCUAAAAGACUCUCUAAAGCUGGAUUUCCGGGAGACGUGCGUGUCGCGUUCUUCAACGGUCCACCUGGAAACAACACGAAGCCGUCUGAUCUACGAAAACUAAAGAAACUUCAGAAAUACACAGUUGAUGUCACUCUGAAUCCCCGGACAGCUCAUGCGUACCUCUAUAUCUCUGAGGACAGAAAAGAGGUUAGACACACAAACAAACAGCAAGAGGUUUCAGAGAACCCCAAGAGGUUCGACCGGGUGGCUAAUGUAAUGGCCAAGGAAGCCUUGAGCUAUGGAAGACACCUGUGGGAGGUGGAGGUCGGAGAAAAGACAGACUGGGAUCUGGGCAUAGCCAAACAAUCCGUCAACAGAAAAGGAAAAUUCACCGUAUGUCCGUCCAAUGGAUUCUGGACGCUUAGUUUAAAGAAUGGGACUCAGUACGUUGCAAACACAUUCCCUCCUAUGUCCUUGAGCCUUGCCCAGAAGCCCAGAAAAGUGUCCGUUUACCUGGCCUAUGAGGAGGGCCAGGUGUCUUUCUUCUGUUCGGAGACCGGGACUCACAUCUACACAUUUAGAGACGCUUUCACAGAUAAGCUCCACCCCAUCUUUAGCCCGGGACGACCUCACGGAGCCAAAAACGCUGCUCCACUUAUCAUCUGCACCAACUGUUGUAGCAUCUAAACCAAUUCGCCGUUCUUUCAGGACAAAGUACAAGCUAACUGAACUGUAUUUAGUUUAGUUAAUUUGCCUUAUUUAUCAUCUCUCAUUAUUAUAGUAUUUAACAAUUAUUUAUCUAUCAUUAUAUAUCUCAUAUCUUAAAUGGUUACAAACUCAUAGUGAGUCAAUGAUUGCUACCUAUUUUUGCUACUCCCUAAGAAACAUGAAUAUAAUUUUGAUACAAACCAACUUUGCUGAACCAAAAAACAAAGUUUCCACAUUAGUGCUUUCCCUUAGCUCAUGGUGCUAGCAACUUUAAGGUCACAAGUUUGAUUACUAAGGAAUGCACGUAUAUGGAUGACAUGAAUGAAUGCACUUUAAGUCUCUUUUUUUAUUGCAAAACGUUACAUUUUAUAGACACAUACAUAGUCCAUUGUCACAUAGACAUGAACGUAAUAAUCCAACAUAUGUGUACUCGCUCUGUGAACUUCUGUGAAUGUGAAAUAAAUUGAAGAAAGAAACGAUGGAGUUCAAGGGAAAAGAAGGCGAAGGAUGAAAAAGAGGCACUAGACUGAUGGGCUGGGCUGGAGAUCGAGGAGCGCGAGGGCGAGAGAACAGCGAGUCAUUGUGUUGGUACACCAGGCACUGGGAGACACACUGAGAAACAUUAACGCAUUCACGCACUGACACGAUCGCGCACAUAAGCGCAUGCUUCUGCCCACCGCCGCACAGAGCAGAGCCGACAGCCCACCGUCCUGCCCUUCUGAAUCUUACAACUCAAGUGACGUCCGCCAAAGCUGAGCCUCUCCACAGGUCUGAAUCUGCAGUUUUCACCUCCGUCCCAGGCUUGAGGCCAUUUAGGGUCAAACACUGUGACUGGCGUGAAGGUACCUGGAAAGGUGAAGGAUUAGCUGAUCAUUGACUGAGGUGGAACUUCAGAAACGUCCGAUAGGUUCACAUCACAUUUUGUCUUCCUGCUGUUUCGUUUUGGUGGGAUCCAGCUAGGGAAAAAAUAUUUCUGAUACUUAUCUGGUUUCUACUUACAGAGAGGUUUCUACCGUGUCACCUCUUCUUGGACACUCGGUAGUGAUCCCUCUUAAAAAAGAAA